AUGGCCGAGAAGAUAAACCCGCAGCAGGCAAACGGGAACACAAGAAGUGACGAAGAAUCGGCCACUUCACAAUCCAAAGAGCUGAAACGCAAGAAGAGGAUCAAAUUGGCAAUAUAUAUUGCUAUCUUUGCUGUGUUUCAGAUAAUCGUUAUUACUGUUUUUGGAGCUGUUAUUAUGCGUGCUAAGUCUCCUAAGCUAAGGCUAAGCAAUAGUAUUGAGUUCCAAAAAUUCAAUGUCUCAUCACCUUCUUUUGACAUAACCUUUGCAACCCAAGUGAGGGUCAAGAAUUCUAACUUUGGGCCCUACAAGUUCGACAACACCACCGCCGUCUUCACCUACGGCGGCGCCACCGUAGGACAAGUUACUAUUCCAAAGAGCAAGGCUGGAAUAAAGUCCACUAAAAAGAUCAACGUGAUUGUGAGUCUGAAUUCAUCACGAUUGCCAAACAGUGCAUCUGGUGAUCUUAGUAGAGAGUUGGCCGCCGGAAUGUUGACUUUCAGUGGCACGGCGAGGAUGAACGGAAAAGUUGAACUGAUGUGGAUCAUGAAGAAGAAGAAGUCGGCCAACAUGACUUGCACUGUUAUUAUUGAUGUCAAUGAAAAGAUGCUCCGAUCUUUAGAAUGCAAGUAA